AUGGUGAAAAAUAGUCGAGUCUUAGAAGUCCAGUUUGAUGAAGCAGAAGGAGAAGCAACUCCCUAUUACAAGAAAUUGCAAAUUUGUGUUCGGCUGGAACGUCUUCCCCCAGGAGCGGUAUACGGUUGCAACGGCUAUAUAAGCACAAGAGAAACGAAGGAUGAUUACGUGUCUGCUGUUUGUCUCUAUAAGAAGGAAUAG